GUCACACACCCUCACACUCUGCUCCACCUCACCCUCGACCACACUUCCGCCCAUCUUCUCGUUAAAUCGGUGUGCCUUCAGCUGUGUUCUGUUAAUUGUCGCCGUCUCAGAACCUGUAACCAUGCGUGCUCUUGCCCUCCUCCUGCUGUGUGUCUUUGGAUCCACGCUGGUUUCAUUGACCGUGGCCAACAAUGGAAGUGGUCCCGAUAGCUGCUGCUUCCGUUAUUACGAAAGACAGGUGAAAUUCACCAAAAUCCGGAGCUACGAUUUGACGGAUGGACGCUGUUCAAAGCCCGCCGUUAUUUUGCAGACCAUCCGAAACGUCCGGAUCUGCGUGGACCCUGAAGCCGCCUGGGUCAAGAGUGCGAUGACACGACUGGAUGAGCGCAACUUCUAACGCCGCUGCUAAUGGAACCUGCUGGAAAUCAGCUUUAUACUGAGUCAGGCCCGCUUUAAAUUGUAACUUUGAUAACUUUAAUACUUUCCUGUAUAAUAUAAAAAACAUGAUGGGCGAGAAUGUUUUUUUUCUAUUGCUGCCCUUAACGCUGGAGGUAGAACCAUGGAAGCAUGGUUCUACUUCCAGCGCUAAGGGCAGCAAUAGAAAAAAAACAUUCUCGUCCAUCAUGUUUUUUAUAUUAUACAGGAAAGUAUUAAAGUUAUAAAAGUUACAAUUUAGGGGGAAGAUAGACAGGAAUACGAUGUGUUUUUCAACUUAUAUUUGUUAUAGAAGCUACCUUUUUGAAGUAAGGAGGGUUAUCCUCGCUGCAACCAGGCUUAAUGUCGCCUUUUAAUGCACGUAUAGUAAUUACAAAUUAUUGCUAUUAAGCUUUCGAUUUUUUUGUAAUUAGUGCAAUAUAUACUAUCCUCUAAUAAAAUAUAUACGACUACAUAAGA